CUCGGAGCCAUAGGGGAGCCUGGGGCUUUGUUAGCAUUUUUAGGGUCAUCAGCACCUUCUGACUGGGAAAAGAUGGUCAACGUCUUGAAAGGAGUGCUUAUAGAAUGUGACCCUGCCAUGAAGCAGUUUCUGCUGUACUUGGACGAGUCAAAUGCCCUUGGGAAGAAGUUCAUCAUUCAGGACAUUGAUGACACCCAUGUCUUCGUGAUAGCAGAGUUGGUUAAUGUCCUCCAGGAGCGAGUAGGCGAAUUAAUGGACCAGAAUGCCUUUUCUCUUACCCAGAAGUGAAAAUAUUAGCUACUGACCCCUUGGGAAUUAAAAGUAACAGGUGUGAGAGACUGCCACCA